AUUACAGCCUCCGAGCAACAUGUUUUAGGAGAUCCCCCGUGGGUUUGUAAACAUCAUCAAUCUAGAGUCUGUGGCCUCACAAUGGCUUUAUCCGACUACAGGGUGGCCAUGCUUCCUCCACCAGGAAGUGUGGUCGCUCCUCAUGGCUUCCCAGCAGACCCUCGACCCAAGGACGCCCCAAAGAUAUUUCUGGAUGCUAUGGAUGUACGGAUAAAGGUCUUCUGCGACGAACAAAAUUGUGCUCUUGAGCCUGAGCUGGACGAAGACGACCCCCGAUCGUGGCAUUGGGUUGCAUACUAUACUGGAGGAUCAGCGCCGGACCAGCCUGUUUCUGUGAUCCGUAUUGUGCCUCCACCGCAUGGCCCACACCCCAAUGGCUUUCAUGACCCCGAAGAAGAGCCAUAUGUCAAGCUAGGACGAGUCGCCACUCUGGCCCAGGCCAGAGGCAAGGGUAUCAGUCGUUUAUUAUCAGAGGCAGCCUUUCAAUGGCUCGAUGAUCACAAGAGCGAAAUCGGGCAUGGCUGGAACGGCCUGGUACUGGCCCAUGCCCAAGUCAACGUUGAGAGAAUGUACGCAAAAUUGGGCUUUGUGACGGAUGACAAGCUUGGUCGCUGGGACGAGGAAGGCAUUGAACAUUUGGGCAUGUGGAAGCGUGUAUGAGUCUGGUUCUCAUUAUUACAGCAUCAACUUCUUCCACGCUGAGUUACCCUGUCAGCAGAGCGGAAGAAGAGUCCGAACCAAGUCGGCUUGACCUCAGGGAUACAUGCAAGUCGGUGAACGUGGGUCAUGCAAUCGACAUGGGGUGUGUCUGUGAUGCCCAAACGCAUAUAGCAGACAAGGACAAUAGAAUAUUGUCAGAACCUCCCGAUCGCAUGGCGCCUGUUGACAAAGCAUUUAGUGACUGUAGUAGCGUUCGAAAUCGAGACUGUUCUUCUCAGGCAUUCCAAAGCGGCCAGAAUCGUCUUGCAUGGAUCGUUGGAGCGCGCUAUACUCUGUGUCACUAGGGUGUUUUCCCGAGUCCACAUUCAUCUGGGUCUCGUGACUGGGAGUUUAGAAAACGAUGCCUACGUGGGUGUCCUGGGC